AUAACAUGUAUGUAUUCAAUAUUAUACGUGCAAUAUAUACGUUGACCGUUUGCACGCAUUAUAAAACAACACUUAUGUGUCCGUGAUGUGAGACGGAAUACAAGUAGUUUGUUUUAACAAACGACAACUUAUGAACGAUUAGACCACACUAUGUGAAACGGUUUAGUUUCGCGAUUCUCUACUUCAGCCACGGACAAUGUCCGAUCAACCAAACGAAAGGACACCGCUACUAGAAGAAGGUCAGCAGGGUUCACUAGAUGAAAAGGGGUACAAGGGCACCUGUGUUGUUGCUCUGAAAAAUGCCAGUGACAAUAUGCCAUCAUCUUUACCAUCUACCAUCACGCAAACGACCGAGGCGUUCAGUGCCGAUAUCAACAACGACACAAGCUCACAAGCGCCCGAUGACAAGAUUAAUGGACAACUAUGUUUGCCAUCAUCAACUUGCAGUCGCUACACCGUGUUGGUCUUCAUUUGCCUGAUAGGAAUGGGUGACUACUGGUGCAACGAUUCUCCGGCGUCCUUACAGAACUACAUCCUGUCUGACAUGCGUAUCUCACAGGUCCAGUACAUGGGCUUCUACUCGACCAUUCAGUGGGCUAGCAUCCUGUCCUGUCUGAUCGGAGGCUUCAUGGUUGACAAGGUCGGCAUCAGGGCCAGUCUUACCGUGUCAGCGUUCCUCCUCGUCGUGGCCCAUACUAUCUUUGCUCUGGGUGCCAUGCAUGGGCAGUAUUGGGUCAUGUGGGCUUCACGGGCGCUGUUUGGAUUCGUUGAGGGCCCUGUGGCUAUAGCAAACGACAACAUGGCCGUCAAAUGGUUCCGACAAAAGGAGUUGAACAUGGUGAUGGGUCUCAAAAUCAGCGCAGCAAGAUUGAGCAGCGUCCUUACUAUCAAUGUGAUGGUCCCAAUCUACGAGUAUUUCUCCAACGUGUUUGAUCAACCCACAUGUCUCGGAGUGACAUUACUCGUUGGUUCGGGUGUUGCCCUUGUGUCUGCGGUCUCUGCUGUAAUUUUGUCCACCCUCGACCGACGGGCAGACACUUUCAACCACCACCAUAACCUAGGAUUACAUACAAAGUCAAAAGAAAACGUUGAAGCGAUGAAGAUAUCGGACGUUAAGCAUUUCUCAGCCUCAUUUUGGCUGAUCAGCGUAACAACUGCCAUUUACUACCUUCAACUUAUGCCGUUUGUGGCACAGGGGCAAGUGUUCUUUGAAACUAAAUAUGGCCGAAAUGCCGACCAAGCGGACAACAUAAACAGUAUGGUUUACCUCCUAGCGACCAUCACUAUGCCAAUAUUCGGCCUUGCAAUCGACAAGGUGGGAAAGAACAUGUCCUGGAUGUUGUCUGGCAUCAUUCUCUCGCUAGGAAGUCAUGUGCUCUUGGCGUUCACUUACACAGAACCGUAUAUUUGUGUGAUAAUGUUAGGCAUUGGGUAUUCACUAUAUACAACAGCUGCGUGGCCGCUGGUUUCCCGUGUGGUACCCCAACAUAAUUUAGGGACGGCAUAUGGUCUGGUGAAUACCGUGUUGUCACUGGGACAGGCGGCUGAUAACUACUUGGUUGGUUACAUAGUUGACACCAUGGGAUACCUAAUACUGGAGGUUUUCUUCAUAACGUGUUCCGCCGGUGCAUUAAUAACUGCUGCGGUACUAUACACUGUGGAUUCGUCGCGUGGAGGAGGAUUGAAUCUCAGCAGAAAGGAACGUUUGAAGAAUCUUCGUUGAUGAUUAAAAUAAUUAAAAGAAUUGUGAGUUUCGAAACAUUUGCUCGAUAUUUUACAUCAAUCUCGUUAACUACAAAUGUACACAAUGCAUCAGCAAUGCAACCGACAAUUGUAAUAUUUCACCAGUUACUCCCCUUUGUAUGUAAUUCGCCACCUAAAUAAGCAAAAUGUAAACAAAGGCCAAUGUGCGCAUCAAUUUUCAUUGUCGGAUGUAUUAAAUAACUAUUUGUUAUGUUAACCAAGUGAUGCAGUUAUUUGUUGAGUAAUUAAUAAUAACUUAGUAAGUGGUGCAUUUGUAUAAAUGUAAUAUUAUUCAAUAAAUUAUACAGUCAUUCAAUGAGUACAACGAGUCUACAUGUUACGAAGUCGAAGAGUUUAUCAUUUUGCUGAAAUCAUUGAUCCAAUCUAAUGGUAGUCCGUAAUACUAUGAUUAAUGAAUAAACUUAUGUUCGAUAUUGAACCCUCGUGUCUGUUAUGCAAAUGCAAUUUUCAUGUUUUUCUUGAAACUCAGAUAAAUGAUGGUGUGAGUUAACAAUGUCUUCACUGCCUUACCGUUUGAAUAUUGGCGCGUUCGUCCUGUUUUCUCCUAAUCUUCGCCCUUAUUAUUAUAACCAGACGAAUGCAAAUGAAACAAAUAAAGCAAAUGUGUAUUGUAUGGAGCUUUUUGUUUUGUUACAAAAUAAUUAUGUAUUCUUUUGUAAGACAAGUAUGUGUAUGGCAUUAUAAUUAAUGAUUUUAUCAGUCUGCAAGCUGGUAUUGUUUAAUGCUUAUAUGCAUGCCAUUGUGUGUAAAAGGCUUUUAUCUCAACAAAAUACAAAUUUAAUAUCUUUACAUGUAAUAUAAACACCGUAUGCUUGAUAAGUUAUGUUCAAGUUUUGUAAAAGUAAGGUGAAAUAGCUUCUACUCAAUGCCAGGAUUAAAAUUUAUUGUCGAUGACGUUAAAUAAAUGUAAUAAAAUAAUGUUGUGUAUUAUGUUAUUAUUAUUUAUUAAUUAUUAUUAUUAUGUUUCGAGCAUCCAUUCAUGAUUUUAAUAAAUGUAUUUUAAAACGUU